AUGUCCAAACCAAUCCAACUAGCCAGAGCAUUAGUACCGCCGCUUUCCCCUUCUCUCCAUAAAGGCCAAGCAGGCAGACUCGGCGUCGUUGGCGGCAGCAAGGACUACACAGGUGCGCCAUUCUUCUGUGCCAUGUCUGCGAUGCGCAUAGGUGUCGACCUGGCCCACAUAAUCUGCGAGCCAAAAGCAGGCGAUGCGAUCAAGACAUAUGCACCCGAUUUGAUAGUGCACAGGGUACUAGCAGAGGAUGACCCUAUCGAGCACAUCCGCACAGCAAUCGACGACAUCGUCGCCCGAUUGCACGUCCUUGUUGUAGGUCCAGGCCUGGGGCGGGAUGAGCACAUGCAGGCUUGCGCUGGUGCUGCUAUUUCCGCCGCACGAAGCCGCAAUAUCCCCCUCGUCAUCGAUGCAGAUGGAUUGUGGUACCUCAACAACCACCCAGAGUCACUGACUGGUUAUCCCAACGCUAUUAUCACGCCCAACGUUAUGGAAAUGAAGCGUCUUUGUGGGGUUCUGGGUAUUGAUCAAGGUGUUGAUGCACUAGAAGAUGGUAAAGUCGCCAAGCAAGUCUCACAGAAGCUGGGAGGUGUUACAGUGCUGCAGAAAGGCGCUGUGGAUUGCAUCACGAAUGGUAGACAUGUUCUUACUGUUGAUGCUCCCGGCAGCUUGAAACGCUGUGGUGGUCAAGGUGACGUGCUUAGUGGUGCUACAGGCACAAUGCUAGCGUGGGGUGUGGUAUAUGCGAAUGGAAUUGGCAGCCACAAAAAAAUUCAAGUGCCUCACCAAGACAUAGAGCUGUACGCUGCUUACGGUGCAGCUGCAUUCACGCGCGAGUGCAGUCGCAGAACAUACGCAGACAGUGGACGCAGUAUGAUAACGCAGGAUAUGCUCAGCCAUCUCAGUGGGAGUUACGAGGCUAUUCUCAGUCCAGAUAAUUUGUAA